AUGGUCUACACUCGCACCUCUGCCCCCUCCCCCCCCUCCAAGCGGGAGUGUGAAGCUCUCGCACAGCGAUAUGCAUUGUACUCGAAAACCUGCAAUGAGGACAGUCUAGUCAACAAGUACCGGGAUCCUGUCGGGCGAAAGCGCGCUACGGAAGAGCUCUACGCAAGCGGUCGGGCUCAACCUGAUGUAGGCCCGCUUCAACUCGUAGGUGGUCCUGGUGGAGACCCGGACAAAUAUCUUGCUCUUGUCGACGCCGAUAUUGAGAGAUUGGGGGCCAAAGGAGCGGCCAUGACAACAGCUGACCGUGUGUUUCGCUGGCACAUAGCUCUGUCCGCGAUUAUGGUCUUUGUCGAAUAUAAGCUUGUUGCUCCAUAUGGGGGUUUCGACGGAGUGGUUGCAAAGAUAACAACACGAGGACAUAAGAUCUCGGAUGAAUGGCUCAAGGCAAACUACGAACGAAUCAAGUCUGGCGAUUGGCCCCCGGCUCCCAACGAACGCGCUGUGCCGCCGCCUUCCGUCAAUCUACCAACCACUCCCAGUCCACCUCGCCAGCUCCACACUCCGCCUUCGAGUUCUCCCCCUCAGCCCAUGGCUGAUCCGUGUCCGCUCACACCCAAAGAGGUCAAGGAUCUCGUCAAGCGACCGUCGCCUCUGAUCGACAUGCGGUUCGAAUGUCAUGACGAGACUGCAGGGGGCGUUUGGAAGCUACAGUCGUUCACUCAGUCCUCAGGUCGUCAAACGGAGUUCUGGAUCAAGUACGACGACUGCAACGGCUUGAUUCCCAUGGACAAAGAUGCCAUGACGUGGCUCCUGGGCGCGAGCUUGGUAGUAGAAGGGCUGGAUGAGUACAGGUAUGAUGAUUAG